UUUAACGGAAAUGGAUUGCGAAGCCAUUACCCCAAGAGGUGAACUAGAGCGUAUUCUAUUUGAUGAGAGCGCAGAACCAAAGGCCCUACCAUUAUCCCUUCUGGAGCACAUCACCAGUGGUUUCUCUGAUGACAAAGAAAUAGGUUGUGGUGGCUUUGCAAGGGUUUAUAAGGGAAUGCUUGACAAUGGCAUGGUUGCUGUGAAGAAGCUUUUUGAAACGGUUGAUAUUGAUGAAAAGAAAUUCAGCGAAGAGGUUCAUUGUCUGAUGAAGGCAAAGCACAAAAAUAUAGUACGGUGCCUAGGAUAUUGCUCUGACACACAAGGGGAAAUGGUACGCUGUGAGGGAAAACUUGUCUUAGCGGAUGUACGACAAAGGUUACUCUGCUUUGAAUAUCUACCUAAAGGGAGUCUCGAUAAGCAAAUCACUGAUGCAUCUUGUGGACUUGAGUGGAAAAAGCGAUUUCAAAUUAUCAAUGGAAUUUGUAACGGUUUAUAUUAUCUUCACCAAAAUCAGAUCGUUCACUUGGAUCUUAAACCAGAAAAUAUACUGCUAGAUGAUAAUAUGUUGCCGAAAAUUGCUGAUUUUGGUCUCUCAAGGUGCUUUGAUGAAAAUCAAAGCCGGGCUAUUACUUCAAAUAUGUUUGGAACUAUAGGAUAUUUGGCACCAGAAUUCUAUGCGCGCAGACAGAUCACAUUCAAGUUAGACAUCUAUAGUCUUGGUAUGAUAAUCAUAGAGAUGCUAACAGGAGAGAAGGGAUAUGCUGAUAUUGACAAUGUACUUGAGAGGUGGAGAAAUAGGUUGUAUAAAUCAGAUGGAGAUGCACAAUUGAUACAAGUACGAGUAUGCACUGAGAUAGCGAUAGAGUGCACUGACUUUAAUCCGACGAAAAGACCAGAUAUACAGCAUAUAAUGCAUAGGCUUGGUUCAACAAAAAAUGUGGACAAGUUUGCGACUGGAACUGGAACAAGCACUAGUUCAUCCAUACCGAUGUUGGCAGCUUCGUCUCCUGAUCUUAAGAAUACAAUGGCUAAUGAGGUGAAGCAGUCAACAGAAAAACAACUUCAUACAUUCGACCUCUUAGCGAACUGUUCCAUAUUGGAUGAAUCCACGCUCUCCUUUUUAAAGUUUGCCUCGUUGCCACACUUUGUGGUGCAUGCUUCUAGUGAUUGUAGCAGCAAUAUCAGCCUGCUUCAGCAUGCAAAUCCUGAUGAGCUGACGAUAGAUAGACUUGAGAAUGUGAAAUCUGCUGAAGAGGCACAGAAUAUAAAACUGGUUGAGAAACAAAAAAUUAAAGAGCUAACAUUUCAAUGGACAGUCGCUGCCGGAAGGUUUGUUGAUGACAAGGAGGUGUUGGAAAAACUAGUUGCACCAAGCAGUGUACAAAGAUUGUUUAUAACUGGUUACAGGAGUGUCAACUUUCCUAAUUGGCUUAUGGGUAUUAGGCAUUAUCUCCAUAAUAUUUUGGAGAUAAAUCUGUGGAAUUUUCCUAACUGCAAUAAGUUACCACCACUUGGUCAACUACCAAACUUAGAAUACCUCAACCUCAACCGUAUGGAGGGCUUGGAAGAGUGGAACACCAUGCAUUAUAGUGGAAAGGAAGGUUUAAAUGAGCUCAUGUUCCCUAAGCUCCAAAGAUUGAGGAUAGAGCAAUGUGACAAGCUGAGGAUAAAACCGUGUCUUCCUAGAGCUAUGUAUUUGCACAUAAGUGGUUGUGAUACUAUGCUAUCAUCAUGGGCAGAGAGCGCUUCACACAGUGGUACUUCCUCCUCUUCCCCAAUAACUGAGCUGAAUGUUGUUGGUAGCAAGGUAUCCAUGCAUAAGUGGAGGAUGCUUCACCUUCUCCCUGCCCUUCGUAGGUUAAUUAUCACCGACUGCAGUGACCUGACCACCUCACCUCAGAUCACCCACAACCUUUCCUCCCUUAGAGAAUUGUACCUCGAAUUAUUGUCGCAGGCAGCACUGCCGAGAUGGUUACUUGAGCUGACAACUCUGCAGGAACUAACUCUGUCAGGGUGUGCAAGCAUGACAAUACCGGAGUGGUUCGGUGGACUAACCUCUCUCAAGCAAUUGAAGAUCGAGGACUGCAAGGGGAUCAGGACUUUGCCGGAGAGCAUACAACAACUGACCAAGCUUGAACAUCUAAGCAUUCUUGGCUGCCCUACAUUAGUGAAGUGGUGCGAAUCAAAGGAGAACAGGAGGAAGCUCGUUCACAUCAGAGCGGUCUUCCCGAUGUAA